UAGUGGUGGUGGUGCGAGUAGUGGGGAUGUCGUCUCCGGCCCUCGUUCUACUGGUAGGGAGGAUAAAAGCGUCGUAGGGAGGGUAAAACACCCGGCAUCGGUGACGACGACGACGACGGCGGCGGCGGCGGCGGCGGUGGCGGCGGCAACGACGACGACGGCGACGGCAACGACGACGAUGACGGCACCAGCGACUAGUAGUGCAGGAAGUGGAGGAGGGGGUGGAGGUGACGGCGGCAGCGGCGGCGGAGGUGGCAGUAGUGGUGGUGGCAGUGACAGUGGUAGUGGUGGCAGCGGUACCCUCGGUGGGGAUCGUAACGGCAGCGGUGGUGGUGGAGGUGGUUGUGCCGGUGGUGGUGGCGAAGUCGCGGAGAAGGAGGAGAGGCCACCGGCUUCAGAGACUGUCGAGCCGACGGCCGCGUUUGACGUCGCAUCCCUCGUACUCUACGGCUCGCGCGCACUGCCGAUACGCCUUAAGAUCUUGCUCGAUCAGUUGUUCAACCAGUUGCCCCCCGCGCAAGUGACACGUAUCCUAGCUGCCUUCGGUUGGACCCACGAGGAUUACACGCGAGGAUACAUACUGCAGGACUCGCAGAACGGCCCGGUGCUGGACCGAUGGAGUAUCUGCUCGGCUGAGGAGGAACCGCUGGUCCUGCAGCAGUUCCUCAGGUUCGCCGAGACGCGUCCGUUCGUGCAGCAGUUGCUGCUGGCCGCCGGAACGCCGGGUACGGAUGCUAUGUCACCAAGCAGACGACCUUCGCCACCGACGAUGCCACUAGCACAUCUACCACCCCCGUUGCAUAUGCUUCACUGUGGCCUACCGCCACCGGGUUCUCGGCUGCCGCAUCCGCUGCCACCGCCCCCGCCACCACCGCCAUCGUCGUCUUCGAUCUCGCAUCCCUCGAUGUCGCCAACGGCACAGAAGCAUUACUCCUCGUCGACGAAUCCUACCGGCGGUGUUAGCAGAGCGAACUCGCCUCCGCGUUCCUUAGACUCGCACCUGACGGUGUCACCGUUGAAUCGGCUGCAGAGCAUGCAGCCGUUUGACUUCCGAAAGCUGGGUACUCUCGGAUUGCCGGCAUUCCCGCCUUUACCACCGCCGCCACCAUCCGCGGAGCAGCUCCUGCAAAAUCGAAAGUCCAUGAGGAAUCCGCAGAGUCCUCACAGUCCACCUCAUCACUCAUCCGCGACGUCGCAGCUGCAAAGGCCGCAUAUGCCGGUCGCACCGGUCUCUUCCUCGGCGUUAACCUUCGGUCAUCCACUCUCGGUCGCAGUCUCCUCCGGAGCGCUACCACCGAGCUUCCCAACGCACUUUCCGCCACCACCGAUGGGUAAAUCACCCGGUUGCAUCGGUGGACUUACCGUGCCCGCGGACGUGCACAGCGGUGGUGAGAAGAGCAGUGAGUUCGGCUCGGAGGAAGACGAAGAUGAUGAGGAAAACUCUGAUAGUGCAUUGAAUCUUAGCAGACGGGACUCCGCUAUGUCAAAGCACGUGAUUUCCUCCGAGCAACGGCAUCCACCACCGUUAUCGCUCCAGGCCACGCCGUUGGGCAGGCCACCCGGCAUACCUGGCAGGAAACCACACUCUCCGGGUAAGCGACCGGGCAGCCAAUGGGGCGCCGCCGCAAACAUGCCGCCGAAUCUUGGUACACCUUUCAUUAAUCCCACCACCGGCAAGAAGCGCGUACAGUGCAACGUCUGCUUGAAGACCUUCUGCGACAAGGGCGCCCUGAAGAUCCAUUUCAGCGCGGUGCAUCUACGCGAGAUGCAUCAGUGCACUGUCAAGGGUUGCAGCAUGAUGUUCAGUUCGCGUAGAUCGCGCAACCGACACAGUGCGAAUCCAAAUCCGAAACUGCACUCACCGCACUUGCGCCGCAAAAUCUCUCCACACGACGGCCGCUCGUCCAUGGCGCAUGCUCUAGUAUUACCACCGCAGGUUGGACUUCCGGUUCCCGCUACUGGACUGAAUCAUCUACCUUUCGGCUCGUUUCCAUUGCUCACGCCACCGCCAGAUCUCCGUUCGCCGGCGUCGCUGUGCGCGCUGGAUUUCAAGCAUUUGGAUCUGUCAUCCACGCAAGCAGGUCAGGGCAGACCGUACGAUGAGGCGCUGCAGCAAAGAAUGGCGAGCACGGGUCUAUCAACGACCACGGCCUCGACGACGAUGCCAGUGCCGAUGUCGAGCGUCGGGGCGACCACGACUACGACGACGCGAGGUUCGUAUUCUGGUGGUGGCGCAUCCAUUAGCGCAGUCUCGCCAUCUACUCAAGCAUCAUCCAUGAUACCAGAAGGCGAGGAGGACGAUGACGAUGACGAUGGUGGUAUCGUUGUGGUCGCGGAGGACGAAACCAGUAAUCUGCCAUCGAGAUUACAACCGUUACAUACCGAAGAUGACGAGCAACCGGCUGAUUUUAGUCUGGCGAAGCGGCCGAAGCUCUACUUUGGCGACACCGCCGACGAAGAUCUUGCCAGCAAUCCCGACAGCAACGAGGAUAACGAUUCGAUGGGCACAGUUGACCAGCAACCUUUCUCCGUGAAUCAGCAUUCACUCAACUCGAGUUCCUUCCACAGCCGAGGUGUACGCAAAAGAAAAUCCCAACAUCCCACGAGAUGUGCUGUGCCGGCGGAAGUGCAUUCCUCGUCUACCGAUGGCGAUUCCUCCAAUGACGAAGAGCAGCGAAUUCAACGGCGGUGUCUGUCGGACGGCAUUGCACCAAUAGCAGAAUUUCAAAAUCAGCCAGAAGACAUGUCGAUGUCUAGGCUUGAGGCGGAGGAGCGGAAGAUACUCCCCAGCUCGCCGAGGAAUCAAAAAAGCUUUCAUGAUCGUGAAUCAGACUCGCGCUCUCCGGACACCGACAAUAGAGAGCGCGAGAUAACGACUAAUCGACGCGAUACUUUUUCCUCUCAAGACAACGCGGAUCUACCUCAGGAUGAACCGCGUGACUUGAGCUCAAGGGCAAGCUCGGUCAAGUCGCCGAAACGACAGAUCACUCCAGAACCAAAGACCGACAAUGCGCCACCAUCAAGCACGACAUCAAGCGGGGCAACGACAACGACGACAACGACGACGACGACGACAAAGGAUCCCGACGCGAUAUUGUCAGAACAGAAAGAUCGACGAUUGAGCACGGAAAGCGACGAAACGUCAAGGGUGAAAGAGGAGACGAUCGCGAAAAAAGAACUCGUCGAGGUGACACAGGACGAAGGAAGGCCGACGAACAACGAAGAGCACCAGGAGGACGAGGAGGACGACGAUGAUGAGCCCAUGGAGGAGGUCGAGGAGGAGGAGGAUGAGGAGGAGGAGAUGGACGACGCGCUGCGCAAUCAAGAAGGUGAGCGUCCCGAUGAUCCCCCCCGUGCCCCGAGCUCGGUCGACAGCCGUCCAACGACAGCCGACGACCUCUCCCACGACUCCUCGACCAACACUUUGCGUCAACUCGAGUCCUUGUCGCAGGGUCGAUGCGCGAUGCCGUACGCCGAGAUGCAGCGGGUGGCUUCGAGGUCUGGCCGCGGCUCUACCAGCCCUAUCAGCCUCACGACCCACCAGGAGAUCACCAUGGACAACUCCUCACGUGGCUCUCGUUCAUCCAGCGCCUCACCCUCCACAGUGGCCAUGGAUAUGGACAAUAGCCUGAUCACGUACGCACGUUACGAGAACGGCGGCUUCGUCAGCACCCAGGAAGUGCCGCUCGACCGUGAGAAUCCGCGCCGUUGCACUGCCUGUGGCAAAGUCUUUCAGAAUCAUUUCGGUGUCAAAACUCACUAUCAGAACGUCCAUCUCAAACUGAUGCACCGCUGCAGCGUGGAUGGUUGUAAUGCAGCCUUUCCCUCGAAACGAUCUCGUGAUCGUCACUCGGCGAAUCUCAAUCUGCACCGGAAAUUGCUGUCAACCUCGUCGAGCCCGCCGCUUUCCUCCAGCCUGCCACCGAGCCUAUCGCCGCGUGUCGACGACCCGCAAAUGAAUCCGCUGCUACACAACGAGUUCCUGGCACGACUCUAUGCGGAUGCUAGUAUCGGCGCGUUGGGCGCAUACCCCUUAGCACCUGGACUGCCGUCCGCAGUUGAUUUAGCGGCUCGGAUACCACCACCACAUCCACUUCUGCUGCCACCGCAUCUUGGCGCCACGUUCCCGGGUCUAACCUCGUUCGCAUCUCAUUUGGCUGGUCUAAAUGGCCUCACUCAUCAGCAUCUAAAUCACUUGACGAGACUGACCCAGGAGCAAGGCAACAGGCAUGCGUCUAUUUCGGGUUCGCCUGUAUCUUCGCCAGGCUCGGACGAUCGCAAAGAGGAGGCUAGAUGCACUGUACCCGGUUGCGAGCGCGUCUUCGGCUCCCGAGCCGUACGAGACGCGCAUUCGAGGGAUCCCCAGGCCCACCGCGACUUGCCGAUCUUGUCCACCAGCAGCGGCUCGUGACCGAUCUCGUUUUGCGGCCGCGGACACGAUUAUUAUCCCUUACUGUGAUGCCAAAAUCCUAACUCGGCGACUCGAUUCGGCCGAUCGGUCACCGAUGAUCUCGUUUCUAAUUAGGAUCGGCAGACCUAGAAAGCGGUCUUCCCCCACGAACAGGGCACGUUUCGUUGCUCUAAAACGUUCCAUUCGAACAUGGGUAAAAACGUGCAAUAUCGAGCGGAGUGCGUGCGGAAUGAUCGACCAUCAACAUGACCAACAUGAAGCGGUCUUGUUGAUCAACGCCUGCCUGGAGUAAACGAACCAGUUCUAAUGCGGUAAUAUCUGCCUGCCAGUUCUUCCCAUUUCUCAGAUUUAUACGUCAGAACGCAA